AUGAUCGCGCCAUCUACUACCAUCGAGAAGGGCGGAACAGAAUGGAGCGAGAACCUGAACAUGACGCUCAUCUGCAAGGACUGCAAGGAGGUUCCUCCUAAUCUUGUUGAGGAGUUCUCUUCUGGUGAUAUGGUUUGUGGUUCAUGUGGACUGGUUUUGGGUGAUCGUAUUGUCGACACGCGCUCUGAGUGGCGUACCUUUUCCAACGACGACCAAGGCAACGAUGAUCCGUCUCGUGUUGGUGAUGGAGCUAACCCUCUCCUCAAUGGCUCUCAGCUUCAGACUACCAUCGCUUACACCGAUGGCAGUGCUCGCAGCCGAGACCUUCUCCGUGCUCAAGGAAAGUCUUCGACUGAUAAAGCCACCAAAGGUUUACUCGCUGCAUAUAAGGAGAUCGGUGCUCACUGCGAUGCCGUCAAUAUCCCCAAGAAUGUCUCCGAUACCGCCAAGCACCUUUUCAAGUUGGUUGAUGACGCAAAGGCUUUCAAGGGCAAGUCGCAAGAAGCAAUCAUCGCCGGCUGCAUCUUCAUCGCCUGCCGCCAGUGCGGUGUUCCCCGAACUUUCAGAGAAAUCUACGCCUUGACGAAGGUUUCCAAGAAGGAUAUUGGUCGAACUUUCAAGGCUUUGGAGAAGUUCUUUGCUCAGGAUAGUGCUGGGAAGGCGGCAAUGGCUUCUUCUACUGGUGGGAUGCUUCCGUCCACAGAUACAUACCAAACUACCACCUCUACCAAUGCCAAAGACCUGUGCCUCCGCUACUGCAGUCAACUUGGUCUUAACCGCCAGCAGUUCGUUAAAGUCUCGCAAGGCCUCGCUGAGAAGAUGUCCACCGUCGGUGAUCUCGCCGGUCGUUCACCCUUGUCCGUCGCCGCUGCCUGCAUCUAUAUGGCCUCGUACCUGCUUGGCAAGCCAAAAACCCCGAAAGAGAUUUCUCAGGUUGCUGGUGUCAGUGAUGGUACUAUCCGCACUGCCUACAAAUACUUGUACCAGGAGCGCGAGAGGUUGAUUGAGCCGGAGUGGAUUGCUGAUGGCAAGGGCAAUAUGGAGACCCUCCCGUCGGCGUAA